AUGACGGAUACGACUCUGAAGACAAGGUCACCUGUACUCGAACCUCGUGCGCACUUGAUCGAUCUUGAGUCGAUGCUAGAUGAGAAGAAUCAGAUAAAAUGUAACCAGAACAAAACGAGUAGUAAUAAUGGACCGUAUGAGGGGAAGCUUGAAGGAUGGUCUCCUGCUGAUGAGAACAAUUCUCAAGGUCUGAUUCCAUCCAUGGAACAGCUUCGUCUAGACCCACGUAGUCAUCAUAUAGAUGAUCAAAUAACAAGCACACCAUCAUCAUCAUCAGCACCAGCAGCAGCAAUAUCAAUAGCAAUUGAAGAAGGUUCUAGCACUGAAAAGAAGAAAUUGUCUAAAGCAGAGAGAAAAAAACUAGCUGCUGAGGUGUUUGCCAAGACAAGUGGUGGAAUACCAAAGCGAGCGAAGCUUAAUAAAGCACAACGUCGUGCACACCAAGAAGCAAAUCGAGAGAAGAAAGAAAGUGGCGUGAAAGUGAAGAAAAAUGAUAUUGUGGGACCAACAGUAUCAAUGCCAAUUCAUGCGAGAUUACAAUAUGAUGAUGCAAAGAAAAUUGCACGUCGUUCGAAAGCAGCAGUCGUGAUACGGACACAGGCUCAGAAACAGGUGGAAAUGUUUUCUCACUUGCCACAAUAUGAACGCGAGAGUUCUUUAUCGUUGAAUGUAGGCUUUUCAACGAAAGAGGAAGUACAUUCAGCAGUAUUGGCACUUGGUCUGAAAUAUGCAGAAGGUAAGAUCUCGGGUGGUAAUGCACGCUGCAUUGCAAUGAUCACAGCGUUUCAACAAGUGAUUGAUGAGUAUAUUACGCCACCGGAUAAACAAUUACGUCGUGAUCUGGAUAAACGUCUUCGACCACUUAUUCAAUACCUUAUUGACUGCAGACCACAUAGUAUUGGCAUGGGAAAUGCAAUUCGUCGUCUACGACGUGUGAUUGGUUCGACCCCACCGGAAUUGAGCGAGGAAGAGGCGAAACGUCGGAUUCGUGAUGAAAUGAAUGACUAUGUGCAAAGUCGUAUCUUGUUGGCCUCACGUGCUGUCGCAAAGAAUGCACAGUCGAAGAUUUGUGCUGGUGAUGUUAUUCUUACCUAUGCACGUGCAAAUGUUGUGGAGGAUCUGCUGCUUGAUACUGCCAAGUGUUCGCCGGAGAUUGCUGCUACGCUUCGUGUAAUUGUUGUAGACUCACGUCCGCACUUUGAAGGACGUAAGCUCGUUAAUGUCUUGGCCAACGCGGGGCUACAGUGCUCGUACCUACAGAUUAAUGCACUGUCAUACAUUAUGCGCGAGGUCACAAAGGUGUUCCUUGGUGCUGCUGCCUUUAUGAGCAACGGUGUGGCCGUAGCGCGCGUCGGCACGGCAUUAGUAGCAAUGACUGCUCACGAGGCUAACGUACCGGUACUAUUCUGCUGCGAGACUUACAAGUUCUCGGACCGGGUGCAGCUGGAUGCAAUUACCCACAACGAGUUGGGUGACCCUGAUGAGCUAGUGUCUUCAUACUGUACCGACAAACCGCGCUCGCGACGCCGAAACGGUGGCAGUUUUCCCGACAAUGAGUUCAGCAGCUCCUCAAGCGGCCACGUUCUCUCGGACUGGCGCGAUCUCUCCGAUCUGAAAUUGCUCAACCUAGUGUACGAUGUGACACCGAUCGACUACGUCUCCAUGGUAGUUACAGAGCUGGGCAUGAUCCCACCUACCUCCAUUCCUGCUGUAUUGCGUGAAUACUCUCGCGAUGGUCUCGUGGACGGCGCAUAA